ACACGUUCACGAGUCACGAGUCACGAGUCACGAGUCAGUUCCCUCGUUCAUUCUUUUCCGCUAUCAUUUUCUUUUCUGUUGGGAUGCAAAUGCAAUCGCAAAGGCAAGCCCCACCAACCAACCCUAUAUAUUCCCACUCUCUCUUCCUCUUCCUCUUCCUCUUCCUCUUCUUCCCAUUCACCAAACUAAACCAAACUGCGCAAUGCUUCCGCACCACGAUAAAGCCGCCCUAACACCACCGCCUCCACUUCCCAAUCCUAACAUCGAAAUCGCCUUCGGAUCCUUCGACUCCGACAUUCAGGCCCUCAUCGGUGACUUCUUCGACCACUCCAGCCCCCAAUUGCCCGCUCCCGACGCCACCACCACUAACAAGAGACCAAACGAUGAUCAUUCCUACGACGCCCUUUCAUUCAAGCGCGGUAGGAUUAAUGACAAUGCCUCCGACUCCGACGCCAACUUUCAGAUUCAAAACCCUAUCCCUAUCCCUGUCCCUCAACUUCACCAUCACGAUCACGCUCACGCUCACGGAGAAGGGGAACAGGAGCCCCCCUUGUUUGAAAUCGAUUUUCUCUCCAACGCUCUCCGCGAACCUGAAUUGGUCUUGAUGCACAGUUCAGACGAUAACGCGGAGUCGGAAGCUGAUGAUGAACCUUACCUUCCGUUGUAUGGUUACAGGAGGAAUCGGACCAUGGAACGCUUCCGAAGGAUAGCCAAGGAAAACGCCACUCACUAUGCUCGAUUUAACGCUGCGACCGAAGGCGAAUCGUCUCUCGCGGUUGCGCCGCGGGAAAUUGACGAUUCCGUCACUCCGUUUUCGAUCGCUCUGAAGGCGAUCAGAGAGCGAGCGACGAAGAAGGGGUGGGAUGCGUGGGUUUUCAAUAGUGAGAAUCGACCAGGGGAGAAGAAGAGGGUUUUGGUUCCCUCUUUGCAAGAACUGUGCCUUGGAAUUCUCGCGGAUAAUGCUGACGCCAUGGUUUCGCUCGAGGGGGUUCCGGAUGAGCUCAGACACAAGCUUUGCAAGCUGCUCUGUGACUCCAGAAAGAUGAAUUCUCGUUUUCUCGAGCUUCUUCUCAGUGGGUCUCCCUCGGAGAUUCGCCUCAAAGAUUGCUCGUGGUUGACGGAGGAACAGUUUGCCAAGUCUUUUCAAAUGUGUGACACUGGAAGAUUGGAGGUGCUGCAACUUGACCAGUGUGGACGGUGUAUACCUGAUUAUGCAUUGCUCGGUACUUUGAGACAAUCACCAAAUUGGUUGCCGAGAUUAACUAGUCUGUCCCUCAGUGGUGCUUGCCGUCUUUCAGAUAAGGGGUUGCAGGUGCUUGUUUCUUCUGCCCCACAACUGAGAUCGAUUAAUCUAAGCCAGUGCUCCCUUCUCUCAUCUGCCAGUAUUCAUAUUUUGGCCAAUUCAUUGGGAUCACUUUUGAAAGAGUUGUAUCUCGAUGAUUGCUUAAUCAUUGAUGCUGCACAAAUUUUGCCAGCACUCAAGAAACUUGAACAUUUAGAAGUGUUGUCAUUGGCCGGCAUUCAAACUGUCUCUGAUGAGUUUAUCAAGGAAUACAUUGUUGCACGUGGUCACAACAUGAAGGAGCUUGUUUUAAAGGACUGUGAAAAAUUAACCGAUGCAUCAAUAAAAGUCAUUGCUGAACACUGUCCUGGGUUGUGUGCACUUGAUCUUAUGUACUUGGACAAAUUAACAGAUUUAUCCAUAGGAUAUCUUGCAAAUAGUUGUCGAACACUUCAUACAUUGAAGCUCUGCCGCAAUCCAUUCAGUGAUGAAGCAAUUGCUGCAUUUUUGGAGAUUACUGGAGAGUCCUUGAAAGAACUUUCACUGAAUAAUAUUAAGAAGGUUGACCACCAAACAACCUUAUCACUUGCGAGGCAUGCAAAAAAUUUGCAGAUUCUAGAUCUAUCUUGGUGCCGGAAUUUGACGGACAAUGAGUUGGGUUUUAUCGUAGAUAGCUGCUUGUCACUGAGGUUGCUUAAGCUUUUUGGUUGCUCACUGGUAACAGAUGCUUUUCUGAAUGGGCACUCAAACCCAGAGAUUCAGAUCCUUGGAUUGAAGAUGUCUCCUUUAUUGCAAAAUGUCAAAGUGCCUGAUCCCCAUCAAGGGCCUUUGCGUUAUUCAUCAGUUUCGGUAGAUAACUAGAUAUGAUAGAAAUUAGAAUUAGAAAUGAAACAUAUGGAUGGCAUUACUGAUGGUUAUUCUGGUAAAACUAGACAAAACAUUCUGCUAACAUGGUGCUAACUGUUUAGACAAAGAAACCACCGUGUUGCCCAUUUUACCCUUUUGUUUUAGUGAUACCAUUGUUGCAAGCAUUCAAAGUCAAACAUACAUACUAUUACAUUUUAUCAGACUAUUCAUAUUCAUUAUGUACAGUGGAUAUGUAUAGCAAAUUCUUAACCUGACUGAAUAUUAUAGUCUGAAUUUGUUA